AUGUGCUGUGAUGCCUCUUCUCCCUCCCUCUCUUUCCCCCGUGGACUUUGAGGCCUGGAUUCUGGCCUGUUUCCAGGAGAGCAGCGAAACUUACGAACUACAUGUAACAAAAAGAACUUGGGCUGGAGCGUAGCGCCCAGAACAAAACCCACCUACCCAGUAGCAACAGCAGCGGUGCUCCGACCACCCCGCCCGCCUGGGCACCCCCCCCCCCCCUCGGCUGCUGUCUCCUCCCUCUUGGAGGCAGAGGGGUGGGAUUUUUUUUUUUUCAUCCACCACGUUUGCAAAUUUUGCAGCAGCCGUGGGACAGGCCGCACGGUGCUUGGAGGCCGGGAAUCGCUCGCAGGGCCCUUCGGACUCCCCCCACUCUCCGGCCUCCCGUCUCUUCCCUCUCGCUGCAUGGCGGGCUUGGGGAUGCUGCCCCGGCGGUGGCGGCACCGCUGCUGCUCGCUGCUGCUGCCCGCCCUGCUGGUGAGCUGGGUGGCGUGCCAGGCUCCGCCGGUGCCGGCCGGGGAGCAGCCCUGGGACGGGCAGGAUGUGCACAUCGAGCGCAGCUUCGUGCCGGAGCAGUGUGCGCGCACGGUGCGCAGCGGGGACUUCGUGCGCUACCACUACCACGGCACCUUCCCCGACGGCAGCAAGUUCGACUCCAGCUAUGACAGGGGUUCCACAUUCAAUGCAUUUGUGGGAAAAGGUCAGCUUAUUGCAGGGAUGGACAAAGCUCUGGUUGGAAUGUGUGUGAACGAGAGACGUUUUGUGAAAAUUCCACCCAAGCUUGCCUAUGGGAGUGAAGGAGUUUCUGGUGUAAUCCCCCCAAAUGCAGUGCUUCAUUUUGAUGUACUUCUGAUAGAUCUCUGGAAUUCUGAAGAUGAGGUUCAAAUUCAAACUUAUUUGAAGCCUGAAAAAUGUACUAGGACAAUCCAGGUGUCUGACUUUGUAAGAUACCAUUACAAUGGAACUUUCUUGGAUGGGACUCUGUUUGACUCAAGCCACAAUCGGAUGAAAACUUACGACACAUAUGUGGGAAUUGGAUGGCUGAUUCCUGGUAUGGACAAGGGACUCCUAGGAAUGUGUGUAGGAGAAAAGCGCAUUAUCACAAUACCUCCUUACCUAGCAUAUGGAGAAGAAGGAGAUGGUAAAGAGAUUCCUGGUCAAGCUUCUCUGGUUUUUGAUGUGGCUCUGCUAGAUCUUCAUAACCCGAAAGAUGGCAUCACUAUUGAGAACCAACAAGUGCCUGAAUCCUGUGAGCGAAAAAGCCAGACUGGGGACUUUCUCAGAUAUCACUAUAAUGGCACACUGCUGGACGGCACGUUAUUUGAUUCCAGCUAUUCCCGGAACCAUACAUAUGACACCUACAUUGGGAAAGGUUAUGUGAUCGCAGGGAUGGAUGAAGCUUUGCUUGGGGUAUGCAUUGGAGAAAAGAGAAGAAUAAUAAUUCCACCUCAUCUUGGAUAUGGAGAAGAAGGAAGAGGAAAGAUUCCAGGAUCUGCAGUACUGGUUUUUGACAUCCAUGUGAUUGACUUCCAUAACCCUUUGGACUCUGUCAACAUUACUACUCAUUACAAACCUUCCAAUUGCACAGUAUUGAGUAAGAAAGGAGAUUACUUGAAGUACCACUACAAUGCCUCACUUCUGGAUGGCACGUUGUUAGACUCAACGAUUAGUCUUGGUAAAACGUAUAAUAUAGUUCUGGGAUCAGGACAGGUUGUUUUGGGGAUGGACAUGGGUCUUAGAGAUAUGUGCGUUGGAGAGAAACGAACAGUAGUUAUUCCGCCCCAUCUUGGUUAUGGAGAAGCUGGUGUUGAAGGAGAAGUUCCUGGUAGUGCAGUAUUAGUUUUUGACAUCGAACUGCUGGAACUAGUGUCUGGUUUACCUGAUGGCUACAUGUUUGUCUGGCAUGGUGAUGUCUCUUCAAAUCUCUUUGAAGAAAUUGACAAGGACAAUAAUGGAGAAGUUUUUCUGGAGGAGUUUUCAGAAUACAUUCAAGCUCAGGUUGAUUCUGGCAAAGGAAAACUAGCUCCUGGCUUUGACUCUGCAAAGAUUGUUAAAAAUAUGUUCACAAAUCAGGACCGAAAUGGAGAUGGCAAGAUUACAGCUGAAGAAUUCAAACUGAAAGACCAAGAGACCACAGAGGGACAUGAUGAACUGUAAAACAAAAAAGAACAGUGUGUCACAGUACUGUCACUGUGUGUGUACUGGAAGAUGUUUGAAGUACUGCAUGUGUGUGUGUUUGAAUGGAUGGUAUGUGGGGAAGGUGUUAGUAUACAACUCUUCAUAUGUGCAUGGUGGUGUAUGUGGAGUGGGUUAUUAUACGAGAGAAGGUUUUCAGCUAGAAUGAGUAGUUACAUUUUAAAAAAAACAUUAAGGGCCUUAGUGUGGGAUUUAUAAAGUGAUUGAGUGUACUGACAAACAUGGUUGUGUGAACAAUAUGGUUAAUUUUUAUGCUUAGAAUCACGAUUUUAUUAUUGAAUGAUGUACUUCACUUGGCUGGAUGAAAAGUAGAAAAUAUACAAUUGUUUUUUAGGUCUUUAAAAAGCCUUUUUGUGUUUAAAAUUAUUCUACAGGUAUGUAAAUAAACAGAAAAACGUGUCCCACUAGCAUACUUGCAAAGUAACAAAAUUGCUGCAUUAACAGAUGAGUUACUGGUAGUACCCAUUUAGAAAGCAUGUAUUGUUUUCAAUAACUGAACAAGCCCCUUUUAAGAAUCACCAGUAGGAGCUAUGAUUUGCAGAUUACAAACAAAUACAUUAUUAAACAUACCAUUGGAAAAUUCUGGCAAGCUGUGAAUAAAAUGAAUCUUUUAAGUUGUGCCCACAUAUGUAAUGAUGGGUUUUACUGUAUAUGUGACAAGUUUGCUACAUUCCUACAUCUUAUUUAACUAGAACACUUCACUCUCAGAGGACUGUUAAAGCACUGUCAAGAUAUGAAUACUAAAUUUUAUAUCCUGUCUACUGUAUGUUAAAGCAGGUCCAGUCACCCAGUUGAUCUGUAAAUGUAGCAAGUUUUUUUAAUUAAACAGACCAAAUAAAUAAAAUUAGAUUAAAUUAUUCUAUUUUCUGGAAAAUUACAUGAACUUCCCUGAACACACACACAGCACAGAAAUACUUCCCUAGUCAGAGAGUGCAAAGGGAGGUGUAUGUUUCCAUUCCAUGUUUUGAAUUGAGACACAUGCUUUCCUUGAUCUGUACAUGAAUGGUGCUGGUUUUACCCUUUUUGGCACACUCAUUUAAAAAACUGCUAUUUUUAAUUAAAUAUUUGUAUUUUUUCCCAUUACAGAAAAUGCCAUGAACUUUUGUUGGGUUUGAUACAUGCUUGAUAAUUCUUUUGUUAUAUUAAAAUAUUGAUCAACA